UUUAUGCAUCACAUCGUAUAUCGAAACGAAAACAUGAGCCGCUCGUUCAAUAAGUACUAUUUAAAUAUGCUCCCGAUCAAUGUAUCCUGUAAGAAAGCAAAUGAUUAAUUCUACAAUUUACAGUGUAUCAAAAUAUAUUUUUAGCGAGCGUGAAAAUGGGAAGAACGCGACGUAUACGAAGCCAGAAGGCGCGUACUUUUAGAACUUGUGGUGCUGAAAGCGAACUUAUACUCUUGAACUCGUGGCUCGCUAAAGAAGGAAUGUUAUACAACAGCAAAUUGACCCUGGCCGUAUUCGAGAACACCGGCCGCGGCGUUCUCACUAAAAAGAAGAUAAACCCUGGAGAGGAGCUUAUGAACUUACCUCUAAACUUAACUAUAAAUGUAACCAGUAUUUUGAUGGAUUCUACAUUUUGUAGUAUUUUUUUAAAUAACGAUAAGAACUGUUUGAUAGAACAUAAGCAUACAAUAUCAUUUCAGUCACUGAUGGCAUUUUACUUAACAUUUCUGCAAUCACAGGGUUCAAAAUCAAAAUGGUUCGUGUACUUAGAGAGCUUACCCAAAGAAUAUACUGUACCGUACUUUUUGCCUGAAGAAACAAAGUUAUAUGUACAUGCGGAUAUACUUACUGUUGUUGCAAGGCAGGAGGAUGUAAUUAAACAUUCAUUCCAUAUUUUUGAAGAUGUUUUGUCUCAUUGUACAAGUAGUCAAAUUGAUGUGAUUAAAAUUAAAGAUUUUUUCUGUCAAUCUAGAUAUGAAUGGGCAUACUUUACAGUCAAUACUAGAUGUGUUUACAUGGACUUAGAUAAGGUAGUAGAUCUGAAAAACAUUGAGAACUCUAUUCUGAACCUGAUUACUGAUAAUACUAAAAUAUCACUUUGCCCUUUUUUAGACAUGAUCAACCAUAGUCCCUAUGCCAAAAAUGAGACUAAAUUGAUGGUCAGUAAAAAUAUAGAAAAUAUUAGUAUAAAUAACUUAAGCCAUAACUUAUUUUCUGAUGUGAGAUUUUCUAUUUACACAAAAAAUACUUUUAACCCUUAUACAGAAGUGUUUAUAUGCUAUGGAGACAGUCACAAUCUGAAGUUAAUCACGGAGUAUGGAUUCUGUUUGCCGAAUAAUGACUUAGAUUAUGUAGCUUUUGAGUUUGAUGAUUUAGUUUCAUUCCUAAUGAGUAUGCAUAUAAAGUUGUCUCAAGAUCAAAUUGCAUUUAUAAAUAGUCAUAAUUUGAGUAAAGAUUUGUAUAUUGAUUUGAAAGGCCUCAGUUUUAAUUUUUAUGCUCUUUUGAUGGUUGUCAAAUACUACUAUGAGAAGAACAAAGAUGUAAGCAGACUGAUAUACUCCGCAGCUAUCUGUUCUAACGACUCGGACCUCAACAAUCUGAUAAUGCCAAUGAUGGAAAAGAAACUAAACUUGAUCAAAGAAUCUAUUACUAAAUUGAAGACUUAUGAAAGUAAUAUAAUUUUGAAUAAUUGUAUAUCACUUAUGUGUCAAUAUGUUAGAAUAUUAGAGAAAUUUAUUAAAUGUUAGAACUA